AUGCAUUUCGCAGGCACGGUUCAUCUCGCGCUUCUGGCGACCUUUGCAGCCCUGGGAGAGGCCAACAACAACCUCCCUAGGGCCUACAGCCAGGCUGCUCCGAGUUCGUCUGCCGUCACCUCGUCCCCUCAGUCUUCGUCGGUAUAUGAGGCUGUUCCAGCCUCGCCCUCUUCUUCGCCUGCGCCUGUAUCUCCGUCUUCAUCAUCUGCCGUCACCUCGUCCCCUCAGUCUUCGUCGGUAUAUGAGGCUGUUCCAGCCUCGCCCUCUUCUUCGCCUGCGCCUGUAUCUCCGUCUUCAUCAUCUUCUGUUGCCUCGGCCUCUCAGUCUUCGUCGGUGUAUGAGGCUGUUCCAUCUUCGUCCUCGUCUUUGCCUGCGCCGGCAUCUCCGUCUUCGUCAUCUGUUGUUACAGCCUCGUCCUCGUUUUCGCCUGCGCCGGCAUCCCCAUCUUCGCCGUCUGUUGUUGUUUCAUCCUCUUCCUCGCAGGCCAUUUACCCGUCCUCCCCUGCGGUGUUCAAUCCUUUCUCUUCGUCUGCUGCCCCGUCGUCUGCUGCAGCACCAUCGUCAUCGUCGGCUGCUUUGUUCUCCGCAGCUUCAUCGUCCGCUCUUUCAUCAUCUGUGGCUUCGUCUAUGGCCUCUCCAUCUUCAUCCAAGCCCGUCUCUCCUUCAUCCUCGUCUAUCGUGACUCGGCCGAUUCCUGUCCAGACUGAGACCGAUGUCGAAACCAAGACGUCGACUCACGAUGUCACUCUCACAUACACUCUCGGCACUGGCACCUCUACUUCUCUCGUGACGACCACUGUCCAGAGGACCGUCACUCAGGUCCAACAGGUGACCGAAACCCCCUUUGAAGAGCAGACCGUUACCAUUACUCCCACUCCCAAGGUGGAGGUUGUCACUAUCACGCCUACCGCUGAGGGCUCGGCAGAGGAACAGACCAUCACGGCGACUCCAACCCCAGAAGUGAGCACCAUCACGGUCCCUGGAACUGCCCAGGAGAUGGCCAAGGAGGAGCCAACCACCACUAUCUCUUCCACUUCUACCAUCACCUAUACCGUGUGGGUCGUUCCUUCGACCUCUGCCGUCCCAGGAAACGGCCAGACUGCGGGUAGCGAGCAAGCUGCGGACAACGACACCACUGGCAAUGGCCAAACUGCCAACAAUAACAUGGCUGUUGUCACUACCGAAGCUGCAGCUUGCAGCCAGGCUACGGUCACCGUUCAUGAUACUGUCACUGUUCAUGACACCGUAACUGCGCAAGACACCGUCACUGUGACUGCUAUCCCUACCCCCUCAUUGACUCCUACCGCCGCCGCCUCCUACGAGAACUCAUCGUCCUCGUCUCUGGCUUCCUCUCCCAUUCUCUCUUCUUCCACCCCUAUUCUCCCGGCUGUCACCACUCCGGUGAUUGUUUCCAGCAGCCGCACGUACGGAAAUGGAACCUGGCCCAUGUCCAGCAGCUUUGCGAAGCCCUCCAGCUUCAUCACUAGCCGGGCACCUCAAUCCAGUGGCUUCCGUCGCUCCUAG